GCAGUGGUUUAGCGUCGUGAACGUCAAGACAGCGUUCACUUACGUCCGUCUUCGCGACCCACUCAGAACGCCACCCAGCAACGAGGAGAGAGGCGGCCUGAACUUUCUCGUCGACUUUCAGAAGAUGCUGCAGACCUGGCUCGACAGAAAGGGAGGCACAAAGAUGUCGAGAGACACAACUCAGGCAGCCAUCUACACGUGUCGAGGCCUGGUCGGGCUGGCGAACUAUCUACUAGACAAGCACAGUGAUGUCAUGAAGUACGUUCUCCUGGGCAAGGUGCAGUCUGACCGGAUAGAAGGUCGCUUUGGAUACCUCCGGAAGCUGGCCGGGGGCAACUACUGGGCCAGUGUUCGGCAGUUCCUGGAAGGGGAAGCGGUAGUGCGUGUCAAAAGCCUCGUCUGGCUGUCAGGAUACAGCUUGGGCACAGUGACCGCACAGAUGGAGGAAGCACAGAAGCUACGGCAGCGCGAAGAUGAUGCUGUCAUCGACAUGCUUGUAGUCGCCGCCUCCUGCGCCGAUUACAAUGGACAGCUCACAGAGGGUACAGAGCAGGCCAUUGCACACGUGGCCGGCUACCUCGCCCGCUCCGUCACAAAGAAGCACGUGUGCGAAUCUUGCCACGAACUUCUAGUGAACAGAGGACAAGGACCACUCAAGAACAUGCGACUGGAAGAGGACAGCGAACCAAUGGAUGGCUCCGGACCUGGGCUAAUGGAUGCCGUGAAAACAUUCACGGAGCUCCUCAACCGGGGAGGACUUCUAUGCCCAUCGGAGCUUGCUGUCCAUGUGACAACGGACAUGUACCUGAUGUACAGGUGGCUGGUGCAGGACGAAGAGACGCGCUACGCACUAUUCGGCUGCUCCAAGCCGCGUGCUGCCUUCCAAAAAGUGGCAGCAGUGAUAAGCCAAGAGGACACGAGGUUGGUUGAGCUGCACUGUGGCAAUGGCCACGGGUUUAUACCGACCUUGACGAAGAUGGCUGGUGCGCUUUUCAACAUCUUUACGACAAACUAUGCAUCGGAGACUAACAGCGCCAUUCAUGCUAGCAGCGGCUACACACCUAGUCCAUCAGUGACAAGGAGCAAGGGCCGUGACAAGGUUCAUAAGCUGACCAGCGCCAAGAAGCACUAAAGAUACGCGAUAUAGAUUGUGGCCUGACUGAGAUACAUACCUACAGCGCCCAAACGAAGACGGAUGGUUACCCGGAUGUUUUCCAGUUAGUGGAAAAAUGAUAUGAAUUCAAUAAAAUUUGAAGUCAUCAGAUAACAAAGGAAUUAUUUGUCUAUGUUGGGACUUUUUAGGUAAACGGCCCAUCAUUCAUCAAAAGAUAACCCACUUGGAUCACUAAUUAAAAGAAGACAUUGUAGCUCAUUUCUUGUAGCCACUGAUGACAUGCGUACCUACUAAUAAGUUGUUUAUUAUUGCAUUAAUAUAUU